CUCUCUCUCUCUCUCUCUCUCAACAAUGGCGUCUGUAGAAGAAUGGCGGCCUCAAUGGCUUUCCGCGAUUAGGCUCCCACCUGAUCUCAUCCUCCACGUCCACGGCUGCACUUUUCGCCUUCACAAGUUCCCCAUGGUAUCCAGAUCUGGGAAACUUGCAGAGCUCCUCUCAGAGACACCCCAUGGUGAACCCCUUCGACUCUCGCUUACAGGUAUCCCGGCAGAUGCCCCGACUUUUGAGACAGUAGCAAAGUUCUGCUAUGGGCAUGACGUGCUGAUAACUCCAGCCAACUUCCUCUCUCUCUACACUGUUGCAUCUUAUCUCCAGAUGACAGAUUCCUUCUGUCAUGAUAACCUCCAAAACAAGACCAUUGCUUUCUUUCAUAACAGAGUGAUCCAUGACUGGAACAGCUGCAUUGCAGUCCUCAAGAGUUGCCAGAAGAAGCAGAAGUUGUCAUAUGUGCAGAAGCCUCUGCUCAUUCCCAUCAUCCGCGAAUGCCUAAGCUCAAUAGCGGAAAUGGCCUCCCAUGAUCCAUCUCUUCUUGGGCCCCCACUUGAAAACCCGGCACUUUCGCAGCAGGCUCAGAGGAUCACUGCUGGAAGGAGAAGAAGACUAUUUGAUUCGGACAGGCAAGAUCUGAUCACACUGGACAUUGGAUACUAUGAACUUGCAAUGAUAUCAAUCAAGGAACACAGUGUGCCGGCUGAAUAUAUUUCUGGAUCUUUACUCCGGUAUGUUCGAGAGAGGCUGCGUGUUAACGAAGAAGACUUCAUGCCCGAGAUUCUAGAGACAAUAGAGAGCAUAAUGCCCAUCCAAACAGGCAUAAUUCCUUGUAAAUAUCUCAUUGAAAUGCUUCGAUGGGCAAUCACAUUCCAAGCAUCUGAAAAAUGUCAGGAAAGUCUUCAGCAACGGAUUGGGAAACAGCUCGAUGAGGUUGAUCUCCAGGAUCUAUUGAUACCAUCCAGUGCAUACUCACAGCAGACCAAGUACGAUAUAGAGUGCGUAUCCAGAAUUUUCAAGAGCUACAGUGAGAGCUGCCAUGAUGUUGAUAUCGAGACAUUAUCAAGGGCUUAUGCACUGGUUGAUAAUUUUCUUCUGGAGGCAGCAAAAGAUGAGAAUCUGAAUGUCAAGGAGUUUGUCAAGCUCAUUGAAUGCUGCCCCAAUGAUCCAAGGAGGUGCAGUGAUGGGCUGUACAGAGCCAUUGAAAUAUUCGUCGAUGUGCAUGGAUAUCUAACUGAAUCAGAGAAGGAGAGGGUGUGUCAAAUGCUUGAUUGUCAAAAUUUAACAUGGGAGGCAUGUGCACAUGCAAUGAUGAACCAAAGGAUGCCGGUGCGCGUGCUUGCAAACAUCGUCUUCAUGGGGCAAUUGCACUUGAGGAAUACCAUUGUUAACAGUGAUGUUGGUGAUGAUAAAGCACAAGAGUGUGGUGGCAGUGGCAGUGGCAGUGGCAGUGGUGGCAGCGGCGGUGUUGGUGGCAUCAGCACCGGAAACAGUGGGAGUGAUCAUCACAAUUAUGAUGUGAGGGCGCUCAGAGCGGAGAUGGAGAGGAUGGAUAUGAAGGUGAUGGAGUUAGUGCGGGUAGGACGGAGUGAGAAAAGGAGCUUUUGGAGGGAGUUGAAAGCCAUACUAGGGUGUGGAAGGAGUCUUAGAGUACAUGAUUCUUAUAAAGACAAGGACCAUCCAAAUUAA